AUGAAGUAUUAUCCCAAACACAAAGUUCUUUACAUCAAACACCUGAAAACAGAAGAAAAUGUGCAUAGCUGCAUUUGCUUGGCAAGCUUUUUCCCUUCACCCUUUUGUUCUGUUGCUCAACCGAGAUGAAUAUUACAACAGGCCGACAACACCUUUAGGGUGGUGGGAAGGAGGAGAGAUUCUAGGAGGAAGAGAUGAGGUGGGCGGAGGAACCUGGCUUGCGUGUUCUAAGAAAGGGAAGGUAGCCUUCGUUACCAACGUUUUGGAGCUUGAUUCCCAUCAUGGCGCCAAAUCCCGCGGAGAGCUACCAGUUCGCUUCCUUAAGAGUAAACAAAGCCCGAGAGAAUUUGCGGAGAUGCUAGCCGAAGAGGUGGAAGAAUUCAAUGGCUUCAACCUUAUCGUAGCUGAUCUUCCCUCAAAAAGCAUGAUUUACAUCACCAACAGGCCUAAAGGGGAGUCUGUCAGGAUCCAAGAGGUCCCACCAGGUCUCCAUGUCCUCUCGAACGCAAAGCUAGAUUCUCCGUGGCCAAAGGCAGAGCGUCUAGGACUGAAGUUCCAGAAAAUGCUGUACAGAUAUGGUGAAGGUGAGAUACCAAUCAAGGAUAUGGUUAGCAAACUAAUGAGGGACACAAAGAAGGCUGAUGAAAGUAGAUUGCCUCGUAUUUGGCCACUUGAAUGGGAAUUGAGUAUGAGCUCUAUCUUUGUGAAAAAAGAGACCACUUCAGGAUACUAUGGAACCAGAAGCACGGCAGCAGUAACAAUGUUGGGAAAUGGAGAAGUAAACUUUUAUGAGACAUAUCUGGAGAAAGAAAUGUGGAAAGAACAGAAAAUCAAUUACUGCAUUGAAAAGCAGAGCACCGUUCAAGGCAACACGACCUAAAACAAGAGAAAAAGAUUGUUAUAUCAUACUUUCGAUUAUGCAUUGUGUUAACGCAUGGACAUAGCCUCCUGCAAGAUCCGUGUAGCCAUGGUCUUUUAAUCUGAAUAAUAGGAUUCAAAUAAAGUAGUAUUGUAAAAAACUAGCCAAUUUAUAGUUGGUGGGAGUUAUGUAUUCAACAAAUUCAAUUCAAAAAUUUGUACUCUUCUCCCUUC